ACUUCGUAAAAUUACAUCUUCACUUUGUCAUUUUCUCCUAGUCUUCCCACCAUUAAAGCUCAAGAAAACGAAAGGUUAAGAACUAAUAGAUGCGAUAGAGAUAGAGAGAGAAAGAUAUAGAGAGAGAGUUCCUUUUACUCUCUUCUUCCUCUGCAAAUCUGACAGAAGAAGAGUUCAUUUACUUCACGGGAGUUUCAACCUUUUUGUGAGAACCUGGAUGGGCCUUUAGAUCUUGUUACAAAGAUGUAUCGGGUUCGAUUCGCAAUUGAGCAAAAAGACGGUACCUUUGCAUACCCACCACCGUUUUACAGAGACCCAAUUCUCCCUCCGCCGUCUCCGCCGCCCCCCUCCGGUAACAGAAUCAGCCCGGCGGUUCUCUUCGUAAUCGUCAUCCUAGCCGUCUUGUUCUUCAUCUCCGGCCUUCUUCAUCUGCUCGUUAGGUUUCUCAUCAAGCAUCCCUCUCCCGCCUCUGCUUCAAGGUCUAACAGAUACCCGGAGAUCUCGACCAGCGACGCUCUUCAAAGACAGCUCCAACAGCUCUUCCAUCUCAACGACUCUGGUCUCGACCAAGCCUUCAUCGACGCCUUGCCUGUUUUUCACUACAAAGAAAUGGUCGGUGGUGCGUCCAAGGAGCCGUUCGACUGCGCGGUUUGUCUCUGCGAGUUCACUGAGAAAGAUAAGCUGAGGUUGUUGCCCAUGUGUAGCCACGCUUUUCAUCUUAACUGUAUUGAUACUUGGCUUCAGUCUAACUCCACUUGCCCUCUUUGUCGCGGCACGCUCUUCUCCCCUGGCUUCUCCAUGGAGAAUCCCAUGUUUGACUUCGAUGAUGUAAGAGAAGAGGAAGAGCGUGUUGUAGUAGCUGAGAAAGCUACGGAGAUUCAAGAGAUUGUUGUGGAGAAAGGGGUUUUGCCGGUGAGGUUAGGGAAGUUCAAGAGGCUUGACAAUGUUGGUCGAGGACAGGAAGAUCAUGUAGGAGAGACUAGUAGUAGUAAUCUUGACGCGAGGAGAUGUUUCUCUAUGGGUUCGUAUCAGUAUAUACUUGGUAACUCGGAGCUUAAAGUACCCUUUUGCAACGAUAGGCAACUGCGUUUGAAACCUCAGGACAAAGAGUGUCAAGAUUCGUCAGCUGAGGAGAAGAAGAUGAGUAGUGUUGUGGCUAAAGGAGAGAGCUUUUCGGUUUCAAAGAUUUGGUUGUGGCCAAAGAAAGAUAAGUUCUCUUCAGAUGCUCAAAGGAGGUUGCCUUCUUCAUCGCUUAACGUUGAUGAUCUUCCAAAACUUCCAUGGAUGGAAGAACAUAGGAAGCUGGAGAACGGUGAAAGGUAGUAUCGUUAGCUCAUUUUUUUUUCAAUCCGGACCAUUGGUAAGUUUAGGGUUUACUGAUUAUAUCUUGGUGGGGGGGUUUGGCAAUCAUCUGUUGUAACAUAAAUUUAUUAAGUUUAUAAGAAAUUUGUAUUGCAUCUUGGUUGUUAAUGAUAUGAGAUUAAAGUUUAAUUAGGCAUGCUCAACAAUAGUGGAUUCCAAAGACUCUGAUGCUUUAGCUUUAUUUUUUCUUCACUUUAGAGUCACUGGUUCUCUUUUCUUCUUCUUUUCAAUAUACUUUCCUUUACACUCUCAACAAAUUCACUGUUAACUUCUUUUGAAGGAUAUACAUGGUGGUUCUUGAUGUUCACUUUUGUAUAUUUUCUAGCUUUCUUUAUAGUUUUUGGAAAUUUUAAGUGCUAUACACUCAAUUACGUAUAGAAAACAAAACUAUAGAACUUUUUGACUUGUGUUCACACAAAAUCUAGUCUUUGGUUUAGGUUAAGAGUUUUUGGCUCUUUGUGUCAGCCAAAACAAAUAUGAAAUUUUGCAUAACCAAACUACCUUUUGAGAGUUUGAAUUUCAAAAGUGUGUGGCACUAAUGGUUUAUGUUGGUUGUUGUAGGGUUGGUAUGUUCUUUGACCCUUAAAAGAAAUAUACCAUCACCAACUGGAUCUUGAGUGAUACCCAAUUAAAGAAAGAAAGAAAAUAGAAAAUCCAAAAGAAAAAAGUGAGAAAUUAGAACUCUGAUGUAUCCAUGUAUCUUGUACUAUGAAAUAAUGAUAAUUGUGUUUUUACUAAUGUUUUAAAAAGAGAAAUUGGCUUGGAUAGCCAUGAAAUAAAGCAUAAUUAGGUAUCUGACUAUAAAAGUUAUCUCUAUUAUUAUUAUUAUUAUUAU